CGUCGCGUAACGACCUUCUUUUCGGAGGGUGGGCAGGCGGCUGCGGCGUGGCAUGGAGGCCUCGGCCGCCGGCCGGGCGUGGCGUGGCUGGCGGCGGGCUCGGGGCGGGGGCUCCCGGCUCUCCCGGGCCACCAUCUUCCUGUUCUCCGCCUUCCUGGUGCGGGCGCCCGCCUCAGUUGGAUAUUUAGUUCGAUUGCCGAGAAGUUUUCGCUUGACUCAGGAUACAGUGAAAAUAGUGGGAUCGUCACAUUUUCCAGUGAGUGUCUAUGUCACGCUCCAUCAGCGGAGUCCACACGUGCUGUGUGCCAACCAACAGCUUUGGAAUGCUGAGCUGGUAGACCCAUCAUUCCAGUGGCAUGGGCCAAAAGGAAAAAUUGUUUCAGGCAGAAUAAUCCAGCGAGAUAAGCUGUCAUAUUCUGUGCACAGGAAGGAGCUGGACUUCACAAAGAUAAAGUGGUCACCUAAGGUUACACAGCGUGAGGAGAAAGGCAUACUGAGGAGAAAGGGAGCUUGCAUCCCAUCCUCACUGCAGCAAGGCCCAACUCCAGGGCUAUGUGACCUGGGGCAAGAAAAUAGCACCGCGCAAAUAACCUCCACCGGAAGCCUUGUGUUCCAGAACUUCGAGGAGACGAUGAGUGGGGUUUACACUUGUUUCCUCAAGUAUAGAGCUAAUGUGGAGGAUCCUAUUAAAAAUCUUCAACUGAAAUAUGUUGUAUAUGCUUAUCGUGAGCCUCAUUAUUAUUACCAGUUUACAGCUCGAUAUCAUGCAGCUCCCUGCAACAGUAUCUAUAAUAUUUCUUUUGAGAAGAAACUUCUUCAGAUUUUAAGAAAAUUGGUUCAUGACCUUUCAUGUGAGAUCUCCUUACUUAAGUCUCAGUGCCAUCGCAUCAAAAUGCAAAAGGCUGGUUUGCAAAAUGAACUGUUCUUUACAUUCUCAGUUUCAUCUCUAGACACUGAAAAAGGACCAAAGACAUGUAAAGACCAUGACUGUGAAUAUUUCAAAAGACUAUCUAAGGCUAAACAUCUCAUAGAGAGAUUUUUUAAUCAACAAGUAGAAGCUCUGGGCAGACGUGCACAACCAUUGCCUCAAAUAUACUAUAUUGAAGGCACCCUGGCAAUGGUGUGGAUUAACCGCUGCUUCCCAGGGUAUGGGAUGAACAUCCUGAAGCAUCCUCAAUGUCCUGAGUGCUGCGUGAUCUGCAGCCCUGGCUCUUACAACCCUCGUGAUGGAAUUCACUGCCUCCAGUGCAACAGCAGCCUGGUGUAUGGAGCCAAGACGUGCCCGUAGGCCGUUGUCUGGAGUCCUUCAGUGAUUUAUUCAAUGCAAAAGUAUAUUUUUGAAAUAUUAAAAUAUAAUAAAUCACUACUAUGCCAAAUUACAUAAUCCCAUUUUACCAAAAAUUGUGUCACUUUAGUCAAAUAUUGUAUGUCCAAAUACUUUAUGGGGCUGAACAUCUUGUCAUCUUUAUCCACUAAUGCUAGACCUGCAUAUGACUCCAAAAUUGUAUUUUAAAAAUGGUUUCCAGUACACUAUCAUGAUAGCCCAAAAGAUUUUUCAGGAUUCUUCAAAAAUAUCCCAUUUUAUCUUCAGUAUAUAUUUCCUAGAUCCAGGCCACCAUAUUCUUUUAUAAUAAC